UCCCUGUCAGCCAACAAGAAUCGUUUACAUUUUUCUGCACUGUAUUGGGAACAGUUUUAUCAUCCGAGGAUACAUACAAAGUACAAGUUGUGCUAUUCGAUAUCUUCUCUUUUUAUUCUGGAAUGCACCUUUCUGAUAUUCUUUUUUAUUCUUAUUUGUUGCAUACCUUAUUUAUUAGAAGGUCUAAUUGCAAGUAUUUUCAAGGUCUAAUUGUUACGCAAGAUUUUCUUUGCAGUGUGCAUGAAUUUCAUAGAAUAGUUUUAUUCCAAGUACAGAAGAAAUUGAAUCUUUCUUGCAUGACCUAUGUUUUUAUCUAUGAGUGACCGUAGUUGAAUAUGUGUUGAAUUGUUCAAAUUUGUUGUCCUUUUGUAUCUUCCAGUCUUGUCAUACAUUGUAUCUUCCUUUUUCAUGACCCAAAAAUAGCUGAGAAAGCAUGACAUGCCAUAAUUUGUUUUCCAUCCUAGGCUCAUUUCCAGGCCUGCUAUUAUUCUAUUUGUCCUUAUUAAACUGUAUCCUUUUUGUGGGCUCUCCUCUCCUUAAUCAACUACCUGUUGAGGAUGUUUAAAAAAGACACUGCCAAUAGCAGAUCACUCUAUUGUUGCCCCUCUUCCACCAACAAUUCACUACGAUAAUGUAUUUCCAAUGUCAUUUUUGUACGGGGUUUCUUAAUCCUGUUUCGGGUCAAUUGCUUGAUUCAGGCAGAUCAUGGAGGAGGACGCCUCGGGCUCGCUGUGUUGCCAUCAUCGGGACGAGUGGAGGCUGCUGCUUGCGUAGAUGCUUCCAGGAGGAGCGCUAGAGCGCAUUGUCGCCAUCGAUAGGAGGAACACCAGAUGGAAAUCAAGCCAAGGGAAUCCCGUGAGUCUGGGUCCUGGCCGGAAGCGCCGGAUGUGUUGCUGCAGUUGUUGGUGUUGUGUGUUUAUGGGCCGCGCUGACAGUGAGGACCUGACUGCUGCACAAAUCUUCUAUCCUUGCAUGCAAUGUACUGAUAUGUUUUUCCUGAAGGCGGGCAUAUGCCAGUUGGGCAUGGAGCAAAGAAAGGUAAACAUGUUAGUGAGGGAAUACUGCGUUGACAUCAAAAGGAAGAACAAACCAAUUAUUCUCUCACAUUGUAUCCUGAUCUGCCCUGCUACAAUAUGUCUUUUUCUAUAUUGUGUUUUUCUUCUUACUAUCGCUGAUAUAUGUGUCUCAUUGAUUAUGGUAUUAGACUUCCAAGAUAGUGGUUCAUUGCCAGUCUGUACAAAAACACAAAAUAGUGGCUCAUGUGAGGUGUAUCUGAGACUAAGGGUUAAUUUAAUUCUCAAGUUAUAUGCAUGAUGCGCAAGUCCAUCUCAAUCAGCCCAUCCAAAAAUGGAACAGAACUAAAAAUUCUAUAGAAAAUCUCAUGUUUAUUUUAGUCUUGGAGUUUAAUUUACCAGAUUUCAAACUGAGCGCUUUUU